UUAGUGGUUUUUUCUUGAGUUUUAACUAACAAAAUAGGCUGUUUUCCACGUUUUUUUAGGGGUUCCAACUUUUUGCGGGUUUUAAGAAUUCGUGGGGGUUGUCUGAUGAAAACAUUAUCAUAAUAAUCACUUUCUCUUUCAUGCAGAUAAUUCGCAAAGCACCAACUGCAGACUUGGUGAGUGAGAGGUUCUUGGAAUUAAAGUUACGAAAGAUAAUUAUCAAAAAGGAACUCUAUUUCUUGGUCUUGUUGGGAAUUUGUGAGGACCAUUGUUCAUUUCAUUUUGCUAUAAUUCGCAAAGCACCAAAUGCAGACUUGGUGAGUGAGAGGUCCUGGGAAAUUUAAGUUACGAUACAAAAUUAUCAAAAAGGAACACUAUUCCUUGGUCUUGUUGGGAACUUGUUAGGACCGUCGUUCAUUUUAUUUUGCUAUUCUUCCAAACGGAAGAAUUUCCGUCAGAUCCUAACUAGGAUUGGGUACUGCACAUAGAACACCUUGUGGAAAUGGAAGCUGAAGAAUCAUCAUUGCUGCUACUCAAAGAAGAGAAGGAGGAUCUGGAGGAGGGUCCAACUGAAAAUGCAGAUGACAACUCUUUGUUUACAGACCCAUUCUUAGAAGUCAAGGUGGAACCGGAAUUUUUUGACUAUGGUGAUUUUGAUGUGAACUGUUCUUCCAAAUCAUUUAUUAAGUGUGAAAAGGACAGCUCUCCAAGCUGUGAUGAUGAGAGUGGAAAGAAAAAUACCUGUAUUGGAGAAGAAAAUAGACAUUUGGGUAGAAGCAAGGCAGCAGGGAAGCGAUUAACUUGUGCUGAAUGCCAAAGGACGUUUUCAAGGAUUUACGUGCUGAAAUCCCACAUGAGAACUCAUACGGGAGAGAAACCAUAUACUUGCUCUGUAUGUCAAAAAAGUUUUUCUAAUUCAAGUACUCACAAAAGUCACAUGAGAACUCAUACGGGAGAGAAACCAUAUACUUGCUCUGUAUGUCAAAGAAGUUUUUCUGUUUCAAGUAAUCUCACAAAACACAUGAGAACUCAUACAGGAGAGAAACCAUAUACUUGCUCUGUAUGUCAAACACGUUUUUCUGAUUCAAGUGCUCUCAUAUAUCACAUGAGAACUCAUACAGGAGAGAAACCAUAUACUUGCUCUAUAUGUCAAAAAAGUUUUCCUGUUUCAAGUAAUCUCAAAAGUCACAUGAGAACUCAUACAGGAGAGAAACCGUAUACUUGCUCUGUAUGUCAAAAAAGUUUUUCUGAAUCAAGUGUUCUCACAAAACAUAUGAGAACUCAUACGGGAGAGAAACCGUAUACUUGCUCUGUAUGUCAAAGGAGUUUUUCUGCUUCAAGUAAUCUCACAAAACACAUGAAAACUCAUGCAUGAGAGAAAGCAUUCACUUGCCAAACAAUCUCAAAAGACUCGAGAAUUCACGCUAGACAGAAACUGUAUGUUACUUGAUCUCUGUCCAAGUAAUUUUUAUUAUUAAAUGCUUUUAUAUAACUGCUGUAAUUUGAAUAUUGUGAAGAGAGAACUUAACAUUUGUAAGUAAAAUUUCGUAAGUGUGGACAAGAAAAUGCUCUCUUUCUUCAUCGGGGGAAACUUUUACUUAUGAGUUUAGAUAAGUGCAGCGUGGUAGGUAGCAAGCCGUAGGACGGCUCCCCUUUUCUUGGGGGUUUUUGAUGUGGGAGAGGCUAAUUGGAGAGGGUGCCAUGGUAGUGGUUUUCACUCGCCCCAGAACUAUACCGACACCUUUUAAUGAAGGUGAGCGAGCCGGAAUAUUCUGGCAGGUCCAAUUUAGCAGUUCUCUGGUAUUAUAGCAAUAUUUUACCUUAGAAAUAGUGCUGAAGGAACCUAUUUCACUGGGUGACACAGCUUCCUCGCCCAGAAAUAGAUUUUUCCUACGUCAAAAUCCCUUUUAUGAGAAAAUGUUUUUUGUUCCUACAUGAUAUACAAACUCUCGGUCCUUUACAUAAGGAAUUACUUGCGGCGUAGCUGGAA